CUCCCUCCUGUCGUGUGCUGGCGCUGCUUCUCUCACUCAUCUUCUAAGCUCUCUUACCUAAGUCUGGUGUUUCUGGAGUUUGGCACAGGCACAAUAUCACCCCGUUCGCUGUGUCAGCUAAAUAUGUUGCUGUAAACGGGACUGUGGGUGCGAGAGGUCGAGGGAAGAUGAAAUCUGCGCGGCUGUGGAUGCUUAUCUGUUUGACGACUGCGUCUUGUCAGCUUGGUACCGCUGAUAAAUACGGUUGUCUGUUUGAUGAAGGCUUAUGCUCCAGUGACCAGCUUUGCUGGGAUGAUGAGUUGUUUGGUCAGUGCCUUACACAAAGGCAGGAAAGGUUUCGAUACAGGGUGACGGCAGUCCUACUAGACAGGCUGCAGUCUUUAUUGCAAAUGCUCAUGAAGCAAGGAUUAACCUGGCAGGAUGAUGUUACCCAAUCAGUGAUUAAAAAGGAGCUUAACAAAGUUCCAAAGAUCCCAGUAACUCCUGAAUUGAAAAAUGGCCCAUCAUCUGAAUCUCAGGUUGGCCCUAAAAACCAGCUUAAACCCAAACUGAUGAAGCCCUACGUGGACUACAUGAUUGUUGAUCCCCCUCAAACAUCUCUCCAUAUGCAAAGUCUGGACCCUUACACUUACCCCAGAUACGGCUACCAAGAUGAAGAAGAGCGCUCUUUGAACUUAGUGGACAGGGACCGGUCCCAGCCUGCUUCCUCUCGCAUUAGGGGCAAUUCACCACUUUCCUCAUCUUUGGAUAAAGAUGAUCAACUUCUGCAGGACCUGAUGACCCUACUUCUAUCCUCACCCGCACAGCCAACUUCUCGCCAUCGUGUGGCAGCACCUCAUCACGUCUCAUCUUUUUUCCAGGAUCUGGACUUUCCCCUUGACUAUAACAAGGACUUUUUAGCCCAAAAUGAAAAAAUCGACAGCCAGCAAAAAAAAGAGGGGUCCCAGAAAUAUGAAGCUUUUGUUAGGCCGAGUGGGCCCAAUCAUCAGAGUCUAAAUGAGCUCCUUCUGCAGCAUGGGUUUGAUCUGAACCAUCUCAACCCUGAGGAGAUGGAACGUCUUUUUACUGUCCUUCAGCUCCUACAAAAUGAACCCACCACCAUGCAGAGAAAACCUGAACAAAUGGAUUCCUCUGUGCCUCAAAAAGUGAUGAAGAUUACAGAGGGGGAGAUGACCCAUGUUUUGAAGCAAGCAUCUGUCCCAGCUACAAAUUCUUCUUUACCUCCUUCAAACAUCCUUAGCUCACAAGUUUCUCCAAAAGGGCCCAGCUCCCCGGGGACCCCACUGGAUAACUCUGUCCCUGUGGGUACCAGUAAACUAAGUCCUGCGGCUCUCAAAAAUGAGGAUGGAAAACUUGCAAAGGGAGCCCUGGGUGUAAAACCUGGAAAGAAUGGAACCAUAUCAAAGGAAGAGUUUGGUUAUAUUGUCACCAAUCAGAGUCCCCUCAGUCUGUCCGAUGGGGUUCAUCUACUGAAGAUUCUUGCAGAUAGGAUCCAUCUCACCACUGGCUCUCUCAUCAAUAUCAGUGUGGUUGGUCCAGCAGUCACUUUCCGUGUCCUCCCAAAUAGCCAGAAUUUUACAGCCAGUGAGGUGUCAGAAAAGGCCGUGGCCCAAAAAAACUCUCUAGAAUCCGAGACUGGUCUAAAGGUGCUUCAGGCAGGUGUCGGGGAGAAGAACGAUGGCCAUGCGUUGCCAGUGGCAACACGCGUGCAUGACAACACCCAAUGGGUGUUCAUCAUGUUUGUGGGUGUGGCUUGUGUGGGUGGACUCCUGGUGGGGGCGCUGACCAUCUCCUGCCUCCGCACACAUGCCCGUCAGUUGGCCUCAGGGAAACUGGGAUUGGGACCUGAAGCUGGAAACGUGACGCAUUAUGAGUACCAGGAUCUUUGUCGGCAGCAUAUGGCUGCUAAGACCUCUCAGGGCAGGCAGGACUGUGGGGUCGGAGCUGCAGGUGGCGCCGGUCCGGCAGGCGUGGGUGGCGGAGGAACGGAUACAUCACGGGUUAGCAGCGUUUCAUCACAGUUCAGCGAUGCUCCCCAGCCAAGCCCUAGUUCACACAGCAGCACCCCCUCCUGGUGCGAGGAGCCUGCGCAGUCUAACAUGGAUAUCUCUACAGGACACAUGAUACUGGCAUAUAUGGAGGAUCAUCUGAAGAAUAAGGACCGAUUGCUUAAAGAGUGGGAGGCUCUGUGCUCUUACCAGGCAGAACCAAGCACCAUCUCAGCAGCCCAUAGCGAAAAUAACGUCAAGAAGAAUCGCUGCUCUGAUGCCGUGCCUUAUGACCAUUCCCGAGUAAGACUGAAGGCUGAGAUUAACCCAUCCAGGACAGACUAUAUCAACGCCAGCACCAUUAUCGAGCAUGACCCCCGGAUGCCAGCGUAUAUCGCCACCCAAGGACCUCUUUCACAUACCAUCUCUGAUUUUUGGCAGAUGGUUUGGGAAAGCGGCUGUACGGUUAUAGUGAUGAUGACGGCACUCGUUGAAGAUGGAGAAAAGCAGUGUGGUCGAUACUGGCCCGACGAGGGCUCCUCUCUUUACCACAUCUAUGAGGUCAACCUGGUGUCUGAACAUAUCUGGUGUAAUGACUUCCUGGUGCGUAGUUUCUACCUGAAGAACGUCCAAACCCAGGAGACUCGUACCCUCACUCAGUUCCACUUUUUGAGCUGGCCCGCGCAAGGAAUACCCAACUCCACACGCCCUCUGCUGGACUUCCGCAGGAAAGUCAACAAAUGCUACCGUGGACGCUCAUGUCCCAUCAUUGUGCACUGCAGUGAUGGUACAGGCCGAACCGGAACAUACAUCCUGAUUGAUAUGGUUUUGAACCGCAUGGCUAAAGGAGUUAAGGAAAUCGAUAUAGCCGCAACCCUGGAACACAUCCGAGACCAGAGGCCGGGAAUGGUGCGCACCAAGGAUCAGUUUGAAUUCGCAUUGACUGCUGUGGCUGAAGAGGUUAAUGCUAUUCUCAAAGCUCUACCCCAGUGAGACAAACGCCCACAACUAUCAGAAACACUCGCAUAAAAACACACUCACAAAUAGCUGCAUGUGUGCAUACACGCUUUAUGCGGCCACCAAGGUUCAGAUUAGGGAUGCGCAUAAGUAAUCGACUAGUCGGGUACUUGUUCUGACUACUAAAACACUAAUGGAUUACAAACCUAAAUGUGCCUGUUAAAACUGCAUGUGUUGGAUGUGCUUUGUUGAAUAUGGUGAAAAUAAAAGGUGUCCUUGCAACCUCAGCUGUCAGAACACAAUUUCGUCAAAGCAGGCUUUGUGGUUAACAGGCUAAAAAUCCAACUCACACCACUUGUUUUCCUAAUUUUUAUACAUGGAACAUACUUUAAAAAUAUUAUAUACACAAAAAUAUUAUAACCUACAUAUCAAGACAACGUUUUUAUAUAUGCAUUACUCUUGUUUUAUUUUUUAAAAAAGGGUUUUAUGUAGAGGUCGACAGAUUUUCAGCCUAGCUGAUUAUCUGCACCGAUAUUAAGCAUUUUUAUGGUUAUUACUGUAGUAUCGGUCAUUUUCAGAACAGUUUUGCCGAUAAAAUAAUUACAAUUUUAAAUGAAUUAUUCUUGCCAUCUGAUUUGUUGGGAGUUAAGAAUCCGUAUUAGGUUAUUUUUAUUAUUAAUGUUAUUAUUUACAGUUCCCAGAAUUAAAGAUAUGUUUAAAAGCAUUUAAAGAAAGUUUAUGUCAGAGCCCUUGUUAUUCUUAAAGGCAGUGUGUGUAAAUUUUAGCUGCAUCUAGUGGUGAGAUUCUGAAUUGCAACCGCCACAGGACAAACAUGUUGUCGUUUGAGACAAUGUACACUGUAAAAACAAUCCAUAAAAACUGUAAAAUUCUGGCAGCUGGGGUGCCAAAAAAUACAGUAAAAUAACAGGCACAAUAAAUUACAAAAAAUAAAAUAAAAAUUGUGAUACAAAAAUACAGUUUUUUUCUGUAAUUUUACAUUGGGGACGAAACGCGCUAUGUAGAACAGUUUGUCCAUUUAGGGCUACUGUAGAAACAUGAUGGUGACUUCCAUGUAGGUAGACCUGCGGUGUAUGUAGAUAAAACACAUUUUAAGGAAAUAAAAACAAUACAGUUCAUUAUGUAAGGUCUUUAUACACCACUUAUAAUAUAGUUAUGUAUUUUAUAUUACAUAUAAUAUAAAGAGAUCGUACUAAAACUUAUACAAUGCAUCUUUAAUUUUUGGCAUUAAUUUUCAUUUUUACACCAUAUAUCAUCUUUUUUUUUUACACAUAUCGGUUAAAAAUAUUGUUAUCGUUCUACUUGAUCUGUAAUAAUCAGUAUCAGUAUAAUAAUCCAACUUCACUGUGGAUUAUUUUAAAACAUAAUAUUUACACACAUCACAAACUCAUAUAUUAUGCAAUGGCCUAAUGGCUCCUAAAAACCACAUAUAUUAACAUACACAUACAUAUAGUUUCUCAUAUUUGAUCCUAGCUUUUCAUUUUCAAAUCAUUCCCUUUAAGCAUUGCAUUACAGUACUCGACUACAAAAUUACUCAAAAUGCCCAUCUCUAAAUAUAUCGCUCCCUUUCUGAACCUUUCCAAAGCACACUCAAAACCAUUAACCACCAGUGCUCCUUAAUUUCACCCUUCCAGAGCAUGUUAAAUGAAGUCUGUCUUAACUCGAACACAAACAUACUACUAAGAGGUCUAUUCCAACUGCUAACUCUUCCUUGCCUUUUAACAAAAACAUUAGCUAAAGAAAAGUCUGUUUCUCUGUGCUCUCUUGGAUGCUGCCCUUAUUUCCACCAUGGUGAUGGCAUCCCUGCUAUGUGCAUUUAAUCAGUGUUAUGUGUGUGUUUCCUUCACAAUACUGUAGUGUGGUGUGGUGGUAGCAGAAGAGAGGGAAAACCGAAAAGUUAAGUCAGGGCUCGUAUUCAACACGCUCAUGUAUAGACCUGAAUGGAAUGUGCAGCCAGAGGGUUCUGCAGAAUUGUAAUUGGCUGUCAUUCAUAAAACUACACAUCCACCCACGUGUUCCUUUGAAUACGUUUGGCCAAAUGGAUUAUGCUUUUGUUGUCUGAAAGGUUAUUUUACUCCGUUCACACGCAUUUUACCAGUGAAUUCUGGGAAAACAGCUAUUGUUUAAAAGAUUUUCAGUCCUUUCUUAAUUGCAUCCAACUUAUGAAGUGGCCAAAGUCUUGCUUUAGUUACAGUGAGAAUAUAAUGUCAAAGAAAUGAAUUUCAGGCCAGAUUUUGAGGACAAAAAAUUAUGCGUGGCAUACUAAAGGCAGUUUGAAUUCCCUCUCUUUCCUGGUCAAAGUUUUUCUGUACUUUGUGGUCAAUUGAAUUGUUCUAUUCCUUCUUGCAAUUGUUAAUAAAAAAAGUUAUUGAAAUAUUUAAAUUAUUUUGUAUCUUGUGAUGAUUAAUAAAACGCUUGUGAAGUGAUGCAGCAGCA